AUGUUCAUACCCAAUGGUUCUGUCUUCAUGCCUGCGUUAACACUCACUGGGAUUCCUGGGCUGGAGUUAGUGCAGCAUUGGAUUGGGAUUUCAUUCUGUGUCAUGUAUUUCCUCGCUGUGAUUGGGAAUUCCUGAAUUUUAGGUAUAAUCAAAUAUGAGCACAGCCUCCAUAAGCCCAUGUACAUAUUUUUGGCCAUGCUGAGGGCCACAGACAUUGCACUUAGCACUUUCAUUCUUCCCAAAAUGUUAAGCAUCUCCUGGUUUCAUUUGCCAGAGAUUUCCUUUGCAGCCUGCCUUCUACAAAUGUGGUUUAUUCACUCAUUCCAAGCAAUUAAAUCAGGCAUCCUACUGGCAAUGGCCCUAGAUCGCCAUGUGGUCAUCUGUGACCCCUUGAGACAUGUCACCAUCUUCUCCCAACAAUUCUUGACCCACAUUGCAGUUGGGGUGACACUCAGGGCUGCCAUUCUUGCAACACCAUGCUUGGUGCUCAUCAAAUGUUGUCUUAAACUCUACCGAACUACAGUCAUCUCCCAUACUUAUUGUGAGCACAUGGCCAUCGUGAAGCUGGCCACUGAAGAUGUCCGGAUCAACAAGAUAUAUGGUCUUUUUGUUGCCUUCAGUAUCUUAGGGUUUGACAUAAUCUUUAUCAUCUUGUCUUACGUUCAAAUCUUUAUCACUGUGUUUCAGUUGCCCCAGAAGGAGGCACGAUUCAAGGCCUUUAAUACCUGCAUUGCCCACAUCUGCAUUGCCCACCUCCUUGCCUUCUUCUCUUUCUUCACACAUAGGUUUGGUGCUCACAUACCACCGUAUGUUCACAUUCUCUUAUCAAACCUGUACCUGUUAGUCCCUCCUUUCCUCAACCCUAUAGUCUAUGGUGUGAAGACCAAACAAAUUCAAGACCAUGUCCUGAAAUUAUUAUUUUCCAAAACAAUUCUUAAUCACUAG